AUGUUCAUCAACGACGAGGAACUGAACGCUGUGAUCAAAGUCCAGUCGAAGGGCAUCUACCACGGACUGCCGGUCUUCCCAGAGUCGUUGACAGGCCUAUCUGCCAUCGUAACGGGUGCAAAUGGCAUAUCAGGCCAUCAUAUGCUCCGGGUCCUGGCUGAAUCGCCGGAAAGAUGGACAAACAUCUAUUCAAUGUCGAAACGGCCACCGCUGGUACCUGUGAAAUGGAAAGCGAACGUCCAGCAUAUCUCGCUGGAUUUCCUUAACAGCACGCCGGUCGAGCUGGCUAUGGCCAUGAAGGAAAGGGGCGUAAAAGCUGAUUAUGCCUUCUUCUUCUCAUACAUUCAAUCAGAGCCUGAAGAUGGCGGUGGCAUCUGGUCCGCGGCAGAGGAGCUGGUCAGGGUUAACACGGCGAUGCUAUCAAACUUCCUGGAUGCCGUUAAACUCGCGGGAAUCACGCCCAAGCGAGUUAUGCUGCAGACCGGAGCCAAAAAUUAUGGCAUCCAUCUCGGUCCCACGAUGACGCCACAGAGGGAGGGUGAUCCUCGCGUCUUGCUGGAGCCCAAUUUCUACUACACCCAGGAGGAUACGCUCUUCAGAUACUGUGAAGAAACCGGCGCCAGCUGGAAUGUAGUCAUGCCGUCCUUUGUGCUUGGUGCCGUCAAAGAAGCUGCCAUGAACAUGAUGUAUCCCCUGGGUAUCUUUGGCGCCAUCCAGGCAUAUCUUGGACGGCCUCUUGUCUAUCCAGGAGAACUCGCCUCGUAUAUGAUGCCUCUGGACUUAUCGUCGGCCACGUUGAAUGGAUAUCUGGAAGAAUGGGCUGUUCUCACUCCGAAAGCAGCAAAUCAGGCAUUCAAUGCUUGUGACAAUAGCGCCUUCACCUGGGCUGCAUUUUGGCCCAUAUUUGCCAGCUGGUACGAUCUGCCAUACCAGAUUCCUGAUGAUGAAAAGUCACAGUACAUUUCAAUUCCGACUCAAUAUGAGCCGCCACCAAGGGGGUUCGGUCCUCGCGGCACCAUCAGGCUGAAAUAUGCACUAUCCCACUGGGCCACCGACCCGGAAGUCCAGGAGGCAUGGACAGCAUUAAGUCAGAGACAUAAUCUGCAAACUAACCCAUUCCAAAGUGCAAAGGACAUCCAUCGCAUCUUCAGCUUUACGGAUAGUGCGUUACUUAUGGCAUGGCCACUGCAAUUUAGCCGCACAAAGUGCCAUAAACUCGGUUGGUUCGGGUCCGUCGAUACCAUUGAGUCUAUGCGAAAUAUCCUAGACGAGUUUGUUGGGCUUCGAAUGCUCCCGCCUCUUCCUAACUUCAAAGAUUGA